AUGGCGCCGCUGUCGUGGCGGCACCACACCCUGCUGCAGGCGCUGCUGCACCGCGGCCCCCUUUCCGAGCGCGACUUCCACGCCGUCUUCGCCGGCGUCUCCGGCAAGGACCCCGCCACUCAUCAACAACUGUUCAAUGAUACACUUCUCAAGAUCAAUAAGGACCUCGCCUAUUUGCAGUUCGAGUUGCGGGCAUGCAUAAACCAAUAUGAUGGUAUGGUUUAUUACGGAGUUGUUAAUAACAUUGUUGAUGAAGAAUCUAAGCUCGGAACAAAGUAUUCUGUGCCCCAGAUUGCAUUCUACAAGGGACUGUUAGAAGCAAUAGUUCAGGAAGCUGGAACUGAUGGGAGCAUAACCAGUAUCGACGCUCUCAAUGUCCGGCUUGACAACCAGGUUGUAAUUGUAGACGGUUCAGAGGACAGCCAAUCUCGCCUUCCUAGUUCCAUAAAGAACUUCUCACUGAGCCAGAAAGAGAAAACACUUGAUGAACUGAUACGGGAUCGUUGGUUGUCAUACACCUCCACAGGCAAGAUUGGUCUGGGCACCAGAUCAUUUCUUGAUCUCCGAAGCUGGUUCCGUGGUAAUGAUAUCCCAUCUUGUGUUGUCUGCAACGAAGCUUGUAUAAAGGCAUCAAGUUGUCUAAAUGAGGGAUGCAAUGUUAGAAUUCAUGAGUACUGCUUGAAGAAGAAAUUUUCACAAAGAAAGGCUUCAAGAGCGUGUCCUAGUUGUGGUACUGAAUGGCCCUGUCAGGACGGUGAAGCUGAUGGCGAUGAUGAUGUGAAUGAACCUGGGGAAGAUCAAGUCUCAUCAGCCAAUCGUUCCUCGAGGAAGAAGCGCAAGAGAGUCAAAGCUGAACUGGUGGAAGAAAAUAACAAUGCAGGCCCAUCAACGGAGGUGCCUAGGAGGACCUUGAGAAGUGCUAAAGCCAAAGCAGUCGAGGCUGCUCAAGAGGCGUCUUCUGCUGGAGCUUCGCAGCCAGGCAGGGGUUCCAAAAGAAGGAAGAAGUAG